AAGACACGACCUUGUCGAAGAAAAGACAACAAUGCGGUCUUUAAACUAUAAUUCCGCAUAUAGAAAUAGCUUUUUUAUUUACAUUGAUCCAAAGCUUUCUUAUGUAUUUAAAGAUAAUAUCAGUGCAAUUAGCGGCCGCGCUUCGCUUUGUCUUUGUUGUAGUCGAACAAAAAUGUAAGAGUUGUUCCCCACCCCCUAUUUCCUCUGCUGUGGCGGAAGUAACUAGUAUUGCUGAGGCCUCAUCCUUCCAAUGGCGACUGAAAACAGGCUGAUUAGAAAGCGGGAGCAACCGUGGAGGGGGUCAGAGCAGUGUAACCGAAAUUAAAUAAAUAUAUCAUACUCUCACUAGUCAUAAAGUUAGUUUACAAUUGUACACCAACCAAAUCACGGCUGAUUCAAUGGCCAACAGUCGGAAUAUUUCGCUCCUUGAAUCGGAGCUAUAUUACCUAAUUUCACGUUUUCUGACAACGGGUCCAUGUCGGAGAGCGGCUGAGGUUCUAGCGAGCGAACUAGAAGAAUAUCAGCUUUUACCCUGCAGAUUAGACUGGCAAGGACAUGAACAUCCAAGAUCUUACGAAGAUUUGGUUGCAUCCAACAGACACAUGGCACCUGACCAUUUGCUGCAGAUCUGUAAGCAGAUUGGGCCGAUUCUGGACAAAGAGGUGCCAUGUGUUCCAGGCGUACAUUCCCUACUGGGAACCGGGAGGCAGUCCUUACUCAGAACAUCAAAAGAUUACGGCAAUGUUCGGAGGAAAGGCUCAUCAUUUGCUACCCUGCACAGAGGGAGACCACCAGAGAUGCAUUUGACCUGCAGGGAUCCUCCAAAUCUAGUGGAGGUGUACAGAGGAAGGGAGCUAACCGGUACUCAACGGUUCAGCACUGUGAACCCUGUGAGCAACUAUCAGCACAUGCGGAUGCACAGGAGGAUUCUGGGUCAUCUGUCUGCAGUCUACUGCAUCGCUUUUGAUCGAACCGGUCUCAGGAUUUUCACUGGCUCGGAUGACUGCUUGGUGAAAAUAUGGUCUUCGUUUGACGGGAGGCUUCACUCCACCCUGAGAGGACAUUCUGCUGAGAUCUCAGACCUGGCUGUCAGCUUUGAGAAUACCUUGAUGGCAGCUGGCAGCUGUGACAAAACCAUCCGAGUGUGGUGCCUUCGUACCUGUGCCCCUAUGGCUGUCCUACAGGGGCACAGUGGAUCCAUUACCUCCCUACAGUUCUCACCAUUUGCCAAGGGCUCAAAGAGAUACCUGGUGUCCACUGGAACUGAUGCAACAAUCUGCUUUUGGCAGUGGGAUGUCAAUAACAUCAAUUUCAGUGAUCGCCCGCAGAAGUUUACAGAGCGACCCAGGCCGGGAGUUCAGAUGGUGUGCUCAUCAUUCAGUCCAGGUGGCAUGUUCUUAGCGACGGGAAGUACUGAUGAUGUCAUCAGAAUAUAUUACCUGGGAGGUGGGAACCCUGAAAAAAUAUCAGAGCUUCAUGAACACACGGACAAGGUCGACAGCAUCCAAUUUUGCCACUCAGGAGAAAGGUUUGUGAGUGGCAGUCGAGAUGGCACAGCACGCAUCUGGAGGCUGACUCAGCGUCAGCAGUGGAGGAGCCUUCUUCUCAAUAUGAACGCCACUCUACCAGGCUCGGAACACACGACCAAUGAGGAAAGCUUUUUCAAGCCCAAGGUCACCAUGGUAGCGUGGGAUCGCCAUGACAACUCAGUAAUCACAGCCGUCAACAACCAUAUCCUAAAAGUGUGGAACUCCUACACGGGCCAGCUGCUACAUAUCCUUAAAGGCCAUGAGGCUGAGGUGUUUGUCCUGGAGCCCCACCCCUCAGAUCCCAGGAUCAUGCUGUCUGCUGGCCACGACGGAAACGUCUUCAUCUGGGACAUCGUCCGGGGCACAAAGACACAGCACUACUUCAACAUGAUUGAGGGCCAGGGUCAUGGUGCUGUUUUUGACUGCAAGUUCACUCCCGACGGCCAGCGCUUUGCCUGCACAGACUCCCACGGCCAUCUGGUCAUAUUCGGCUUUGGGAGCUCCAAGCCAUAUGAGAAGCUUCCAGAUCAGGUGUUUUUCCACACCGACUAUCGGCCUCUGAUCCGUGACGCCAACGGCUUUGUGUUGGACGAGCAGACCCAGCAGGCACCCCACCUCAUGCCCCCUCCCUUCCUGGUGGAUGUGGAUGGGAACCCCCACCCACCCAGAUACCAGCGGCUGGUCCCCGGGAGGGAGAACAUUGCAGACGAACACCUGGUGCCUCAGCUGGGAUAUGUCGCCACAAGUGAUGGCGAGGUGAUGGAGCAGGUGAUCAGUCAGCUGACAACGGACCACGAGGAGGCCACGGCCAGACGCAGCGUUCUGGACGACGCCAUCAGGCAGCUGCAGGAGCAGCAGGACAGGCAGAGCAGACCAGGGACACAGGCCCCAGAACAGGCCCCAGCAUUCCCAGCCCCCAGCACCCCACGUAGAGCAUCAGUGAAUGAGCGAGGUGCAGCUGAGGUGCAGUCGUCCCCUAACGUGGGUCUGCGGCGCAGUGGGCAGGUGGAGGGGGUGAGACAGAUGCACCAGAAUGCCCCUCGUAGCCAGAUGGCCACGGAGAGGGACCUGCAGGCCUGGAGACGCAGAGUGGUGGUACCCGAGCUUUCAUCCAGCGGGUACAGUUGCCAGGAUGACUUCCGAAUUACAAAAGGAGAGGAGGAGAUUGCCAUAUACAAUGCAAAGAAACGACGUGUGACAUACGGCAGUUGUAGAGAUGAUUCUGAAGAUGAGGUGCCUUGCAUCAAACGUGCACAGUCCCGCAAAAAGCAAAAAGUCUUCCAGCAGAGCAAAGAUGGGAUUGUGGAAGAAUUCAUUGAGUUCUCCUGUGAGGAGGGAGAGGAAACUGCAACAUCUGAGGACCAUGAGAUGGAGGGCAGUGAACUGGAUUCAUCCAAUGAGGAAGAGGAAUGGAAAAGUGACAGUUCAAG